AUGAUUUCCGAAGCAGAAGUGCGUCCCUUCAUGAUAUACAACAACUUGCUUGUUGUUGCAGUCGCCAUCCUUUACUACGACUACUUCAUGACUCUCUCCGAGGAAAUCUCGAGGAUAUGGUCUCGUCCACGCGCCAGAUCAUCGCUUUUGUUCUUUAUACACCGUUAUGUGCCGCUGGUUGGGUAUAUAGCAGUUCUGGUCUAUACAUUUGGAAAAUUUCCCAUAAGUGAUCAGAAAUACACGUUAUUCCAUGAUUUUCUGACUAUGUUCAAUCAAACGAUCGUGGCCGUGCUUCUGUUGUUGCGCACGUAUGCGUUUUUCGGGAAGUCGCGCCGCAUCUUGACAGUGCUAUCUCUGAUACUGAUCAUGGCACUAUCCUCUGCUUUUUGCAGCCAUGCUAUCCCUUGGGAGACGCAGAUUGCGUUCAAUAUGACUGUAUUCAUUCUUACUACCGUCAGAUCGUACCAGUAUCGGAGGGACUUCCGCCCGCUUGAGAGGUGGUCGGGUACAUUGGGCUUGGCAGAGCUCAUUGUUCGCGAUGGUGCGAUGUAUUUUGGUGUGAUGGGGCUCGCAGAGCUGGCGAAUGUCUUCACCCUUUAUGAUCCAAUGCGCAGCACCCUCUCUACGUUCGCUAGCUGUAUCUCCAUCACGAUGAUGUCACGACUCAUCCUCAAUCUGCACGACACCUCGUCGCUGCUGCCGUCUACCAUUCAAGUAUCAAGGCCGAUUGUUUUUGCGUCCAUGGGAAACAAUCUGAUGCAGACGAACAAUGCAGACGAUGAUGUGGUUCACGAGAUCGAGUUGCAUCGGUUUGAGCAUUCGCCACAGGAGGACACGAAUGUCUGUGAAUAA